UCUAUUCGACACCAUUAGGAAACCUGAGAUUGGAAGGAGUACUUGACAGCAAUCAAUCUGAUCCUCAGCGCUCAAAGACCACACCAACCAUGGCAAAGUUUAUAAGUACCGUUCUACUGUUGGUCUCCACACACAUGUGUCUUUCAGCUCAGAUAGCAGUUCCAGAACCAGCUGAUGUUGUCACACCAGUAGCUCCAUUGUUCUGCAACGGUAUAGCCUGUCCAGCGUUUACCGUAAUCCAUUCGUCUGAGGAAUACGAAGAGCGACAGUACAGUGAAUCUAAAUGGGUGAGCACUGAGAUUAUGAGCAUGGAUAGGCGUUCAGCUGUACGUCAAGGAUUUCGAAGUCUAUUCAGCUACAUCCGUGGAAACAAUGACCAGAAUCAAAAGAUUGCCAUGACUGCACCGGUCGCUACCCGAGUGAUCCCGGGCCAGGGCCCCGCAUGUGAGAGCAACUUCACCGUAUCGUUCUUCAUCCCAGCAGAACACAGCGCUAACCCACCAGCUCCCAAUGAUUCCCAUGUCUUCUUUAGUACCAUCCCUGCUCAUCGUGCUUACGUCAGAUCCUUUGGUGGUUUCGCGUCUCAAGAUGACUGGGUCCAGGCUGGCGUUGAAUUAGGUCGUGCUCUCGACGCGUCACACCCAUACGAUAGUUCUUACUACUACACGGCUGGUUAUAACGGUCCUUACACCCUCUUCAACCGACGCAACGAGGUCUGGUUCGUCGCAAACUAAAGACUAACUUGAGCCUAAUUUUGGACUGCUGCUAUUUUAAUGUUUUUAUUCUUGUAUAGAAUUAUUCUUAUCCAUGACAGUGAUAACAUAAAAAGAUGGAUUAGUGCCAUGAAAAUUAUAAAUAAUGUGUUAAUUGUUUUAUAAAUACAUUAGAACCAAAAAAA